CAGAUAGCUGACGGAGGCACAUUUCCCUUCUUUACCUUUUUAAUACUCGCUCAUUUUUGUCGCCCGAGGCUGUCAGAAAUUACCUCGAUAUACAGGUGCAAAUAUGAAAAUUUCCCUUGCACUUUUUGCCGUAUUUGCUGUCGGUAUCACUGUCGACGCGACGGUGUUUUUCAAGGAGCAGUUUCUGGAUGGAGAAGGAUUUAAAAGUCGAUGGCUGGAGUCCAAGCACAAAUCAGACUAUGGACAGUGGAAACUCUCUGCAGGAAAGUUCUAUGGUGAUGCUGAGCUUGACAAAGGUCUUCAGACAAGCCAGGAUGCCCGCUUUUAUGCCCUGUCCAGUCGGUUUGAGCCUUUCAGCAAUGAAGGUAAACCUCUGGUGAUUCAGUUCACAGUGAAACACGAGCAGAAAAUCGACUGCGGAGGUGGCUAUGUAAAAAUCUUCCCAGCUGAUCUGGACCAGGCUGACAUGCAUGGCGAAUCUCAGUAUUACCUCAUGUUUGGUCCUGACAUCUGUGGCUACAGCACCAAGAAAGUGCACGUCAUUUUUAACUACAAAGGACAGAACCAUCUGAUCAAGAAAGACAUCCGAUGCAAAGAUGACGAGUUCACAAACCUGUACACACUGAUCCUGCGGCCCGACCAGACCUACGAAGUGAAAAUCAACAAUGAGAAAGUGGAGUCGGGGUCUCUGGAGGAGGACUGGGACUUCCUUCCUCCCAAAAAGAUCAAGGAUCCAGAGGCAAAGAAGCCUGAGGACUGGGACGACCGCGCCAAAAUCGACGAUCCUGAGGACACAAAACCAGAGGACUGGGAUAAACCCGAGAACAUUCCUGAUCCUGAUGCCAAGAAGCCCGAUGACUGGGACGAAGACAUGGACGGCGAGUGGGAGCCACCCAUGAUCCCUAACCCUGAGUACAAGGGUGAAUGGAAACCUAAGCAGAUCGACAACCCCAACUACAAAGGAACGUGGGAGCAUCCUGAGAUCGACAACCCAGAUUAUACACCAGAUACUUCAAUUUACAAAUAUGACAAUAUUGGAGUUCUCGGAUUGGACCUGUGGCAGGUCAAAUCCGGUACCAUUUUUGAUAAUUUCCUGAUCACUGACGAUGUCAAGGAGGCAGAAGAUUUCGGCAAAGAGACAUGGGGAGCCACAAAGGGCCCAGAGAAGAAGAUGAAGGAUAAGCAGGAAGAGGAGGAGAGGAAGCAGAGGGAAGAGGAGGAGAAGAACAAGAAGGAAAGUGAAGGUGACGAGGGAGAUGACGACGAACCCGAAGACGAACAAGAAGAGGACGAGGAGGAGGAAACUCCAGAGGAGCCCAACCUGCUGGACGAUGAAGAAGAUGAGGAAGAUAAGCCUUCUAAAGACGAAUUGUAGACGGUGUCAGAGCGUUUGAGCGCAUUUUAGGAGAACCUACUGAUCCUCCCCCACUCAGUGAAGCUCUUUCUGUGGGCUCUAACUACCCAACCUGGACAAUAGAGUAAGGGUGUGCUGUGGUUUUAUUUCAGUUCAGGUGGUGAGGAUUGUUUUCCCACCGCCGUGCCCCUUUGUUUUCAAUCAUAAAUUAAUCCUGUGAGAUAUUAGCCGUGCCCUGGAUUUUUUUUUCUACUGCUGCUACCUGGCUUCUCCAAUUCCCACCCAGAGUCACACGUAAAACUAAAUUAGACAGAGUUUGGAUUAUUGCCAUCAUGUCUUGAGGAGGAAAAAUGAUGAGUGUAUCAUUUUUAGGUUAUUUGCACUUUUUUUAAAUAAAUGAUUUUCUUAAACCAU